GGAGCAGAGGCUGCGAGAGGCGCUGCGAGAGGCGCCGAGCGCAGGGGCCGCCGUUGUCAGUGCGGUCGGUGUUCCCACCCGGGGUCUCUCGUGGAGCCGAGCCCGGCAAAUGCGUGCAAGAGGAAGGAGAGCAGAGAAAUGGACUGCUAUUUGCGUCGCCUCAAACAGGAGCUGCUCUUGGCACAGAUUCCACUUUACCUUCCUGUUGAGAGUUCCAGCCAAGAGCAGGGAGCUGUGAAGGUCCCUAUUCACUGAGCUGGAGAAUGGGCCACUUGGCAAAGUGGGGCUUUUCCCAUUUCCGGCCCUGAGCCUCUCCUCGCAUCCUCAGGCUGAAAAGAACUGUGUGGGGAUCUUUGCUGGUGGCUCAUUGAGAGUCUGGCCCGGAUCCCCCAUCCUUGACAUGGCCAGAAGCCUCAGAGGGUCUGCUGCCAGCCUAGUCCUGCAGAGCCUUUUCCAAUCCCUCCACUGCUCCACCCUCUGGGCUUAGCUCUGCGCAUUAAGAGAAGCCUGGGAGAUGUCCAUGAAGGAGGUGGGUGAUGGCUUACAGGAUCAGAUGAACUGCAUGAUGGGAGCGCUGCAAGAACUGAAGCUCCUGCAGGUGCAGACAGCAUUGGAACAGCUGGAGAUCUCUGGAGGAGGUCCUGCCCCAGGCUGCCUUGAAAACCCCUGGACACAGACUGAGUGCCCCCAGUGGGAGGGUGGCAGAGGUCCUGCCAGGCCUGUGGCCUGCUCCCCCUCCAGCCAGGCCUCUUUUGGUAGCAGCAUGAAGUUUCCAUCCCAUAGGAGUGUCUGUGGGAGGGAUUCAGCCCCCCUGCCUAGCACACAGCUGCUGGAGCGCCAAAGCUGUGCCCAUCAGGAGCUGGAGCGGGUGGAACCAGAAGACUGGACCUCUACGUUGAUGUCCCGGGGCCGGAAUCGACAGCCUCUGGUGUUAGGGGACAAUGUUUUUGCAGACCUGGUAGGGAACUGGUUAGACUUGCCAGAACUGGAGAAGGGUGGGGAGAAGGAUGAGACUGGUGGGGCAGGAGAGUCCAAAGGAGAGAAAGGCCAGCCUCGGGAGCUGGGACGCAAGUUUGCCCUAACAGCAAACAUCUUUAGGAAGUUCUUGCGUAGUGUGCGUCCAGACCGUGACCGGCUGCUGAAGGAGAAACCAGGUUGGGUGACUCCCGCUGUCUCCGAGCCCCGAGCUGGACGCUCCCAGAAGGUCAAGAAGAGGAGCCAUUCCAAGGGCUCUGGACAUUUCCCCUUCCCAGGCACCGGGGAGCCCAGACAAGGGGAAAAUCCCUCCACGAGUUGUCCCAAGGCCCUGGAACCCUCACCCUCAGGCUUUGAUAUUAACACAGCUGUUUGGGUCUGAAUCCUAGAGACAGAAAGUUGACUGAACCCGAAAGGGCCAGGUCCCCGUGCUGGGCCCCUGGGGAGGAGGGCGGGCAAGCAGUAUGGUUUUCAAAAGCCCAACUCCAAGUUCCUUUUCCCCAGAAAGGAGGAAGGAGCCAGAGUUCUCAGUGCAGGGCUGAUGGCAGAGGCUGUGGCAGGGGGUGGCUGGUGGGGAAGGUGAGAGUUCCUGGUAAGAAGUGGGGGAGGAAGAGGAAGAGAGAGAUUGUGUGUGUGUGUGUGUGUGUGUGUGUGUGUGUGUGUGUGUGUGUGUUCGUUCUGCUCACUUUGGGGUUGGAGGUGACAGUAGGGGAGGGAAGGAAGAGACCAGGAAAUCCCUCUGAUAUUCCUCCAUUCCCCGCAAAGGCCUCAGCUGAACAUUCUGUAUGGGAAAGAGUACUGGGGCCUCAGGUUCCCCAAAGAGGCCCCGAUAAAGACCUGUCUCUGGCACCCCCAAACCCUAUAACUUCCUACUUCCCAGGCAAGGCAUUGCUGAAGGCACAGGGAAUGAACCCCAGCCCUCCUGGGAGUCACAGCAGCAGUUGGCAAAUCCCUUUCCUGUUGCCUUGGAGAUUCCAGCCUACACCUGGAUCCCGAGAAAUGAGCUGAAUAAGGAGUGUAGGUAUAAGGAGUAGUUGGGGGAGAAGCAACACUCCUCACGCCUUUCCCAAAGCACAGGGAUUUAUAUUGCACUGUUCAUGUUUGAAAACCUUUUCAUACCCGUGGUCUCAUUUGCAAGUGGGCAGGCGAGGCAGGCAUUAUCCCAUUUUCCAGAUGAGUAAACAAGCCUAGCUAGGCUACCUGUCCAAGAACACGUGGCUGGCAGGACGUGGAGCAGUCCAGACCUCACUGCAGAGUAGAAGGGGGACCUUGGAGUUGCACACACUCCUCCCCAACAGUUUGAGAGCUGCCACCCCCCAACCCCAACACCCUGUCUCCUGCAUGUAACUCUCACCCAAGACAGAAGAACAUAUAAAUUCACCAGGGAGGUGAGGGCGGAUCCAGAAGAAAUACGCACUCAUUUAAAAAUUCGGUAGCUCCAUCCACUGCCCCUCCCCACUAGGCGCAGUCCGGGCGAAGAGGUCGGGCCGGGCAGCAGCCCAGUUCCAGCUCGGCGGCAGCCUCUCAGGCUUUUCCAAAGCCGCUCUGGGCACGCGGCCGGGGACAGAACGCGCGGACCCAGGGGCCCGCCCCCGGAAGUCACUGUGCCUCCCAUUCCCUCAGGGAACGCCCACUGGCUGAGAGAAGACAAUGCGGUCCGUGUCUGGGCCGAGCCGGCCCUGGAGGGCACGCCCUCUCCCCGGCUCCCGGCUGAUCGCCCCACAACCUGGUGGGGUGUGACAGCUGCAAUUAGAGGCAAGACGCCUUCCUGUCCUCAGAGCAUGAAUAGCGAAUUGGGUAAGAAAAAUAACAUGAAGGGCUCUUCUGCCUGCAGCCUGGACCUCCAGGGGGCGGAAAUGGAGGAAAAGGGCUUAGGUCUCGAGCUGGGGGUGGGGAGCGCAGUGGCGGUGGUUAGGGUCACCCUCACAUUCUCACGCAAAUGGCAGAUGUUUAGUUUUGGGUGGGAAGGCUACACAAGAGAGGGAAAGGCGCUCUUUUUUUGUUGUUUUUGAGCACUCGCUAUUGCUAGGUAGUGUGCACAUCUCUUUUACACUUAGAAUGAUCCUAGGAGGUAUUGUUCUGCAGAAACAUCAAUGGAGGCUCUUGGGGUCAUAUAAGCUGUCCAGGUCAGGCUGCCAGCAAAUGAAAGAAUCAAGAUUUGAGCCUCAGGGUUAUCUGGCUCCAAAACCCACGUCCUUUCUUCUCUACCUGUCCACUUGGAGUUUGCCAACUGAGCUAGCUCUGUCUGGAGGAGCCAGCCUUCCCAUCCUUUGUGCCUCUCCAGAGAACUCUUGAUAUUUCACUUUUGGGUGAAGGAACAUCGGCUGUGCCUGCCUUUCGUGGUGGCGGUGACUCUGUGUGCAUGUGUGUAGAAUGUGCAUGUAAAGAUUCCAUCUACUGAUUGAUUUGUGAGAGGAGGAAGCCACAGGUUCCUGGGUGGUGAAGAAGCCGUCCAGCAAAUUACUCAAGAUGACACCAGCUCUGAGUCUGGCAUGAUUCUAUAGGAAACCAGCCACUUAGUUGCCAUUCAUCAGCAACUCAUCUACUUUGUGGACUGGUCAUAGCAGCCAGGCAUUGUGAUAGGAACUAAGAACGGAGCAAUGAAAAGGACCCAGCUGCUGACCUCAAGGGAAUCCAGUGGAAAAGAAAGAAGCAGACUUUUAGCCUAUUGGUUAAAAGCCAAAAGAGCCAAAGAGUUUCAAGAAGCCAGAGGAGAUUCAAGAGACUGAAAACUCAUUCUAACUUGGGCCAGAACAAAACCAUUAGGAAGAGACAUUUGCUGCCAACAUAAUUCAUAGGAGCCAGGCACCUUUACCUUUGGAUUCAUAUUUCCCCUCACAACACCCUGGAAGUGGUUGCCAUCACUUGUAUGUUACAUGGAUAGGCUCAGAGAAGUUAAGCAACUUGUCCAAGGUCACUUGUAGCAGAGCUGGGAUUGAAACAGUUCCAAAUGAUUUCCAAUUUUGUGCUUUUCACACACUACUCCACAAAUUAUCCACAUCCACUCCAAAGUCAAAUCAAGAAAAACAAAACCUGUCCACCCCAUAUUAUCCAUGUCCCUGUAUGGACAAUAAAUGGCAUGCUGCCUGAUGCAGGAAUUUUGCCCAGGUCUUGAAAGGGCUGAUGUAACGCCCCACCCAUUAUGUCAUGCUUUGAUAAUGAAAGAUUAUGGUAAUUAAUGCCAUCCCUCCAUAAUUUUUACUUUUCCCUCUCCUUCUGGGCUCCUGCUGCAACGAUGAUGGAAAUUGCGUUUAUUUUACUGUAACAGAAGAGAGGUGAACGGGAAUGCCUAGGGCCUAAGCAAUGCAGAAAAGUGUAGGGAGGGCAGGAGAAGUGUGUAUAGGGAGGAGAUAGUGAAAGUAAGCAGAGAGAAACUGACAGUUUAACUCUGCCUCUGGGGCUUAUUUUAUGGUUAAUUAGGACAUGCAAAUAAGCUCGGCCCCACACCUGGCCCACUUCCCUGGCAGGUAUAGGGGCCCCCUGAUUGGCCCAGGCAUCUGCUCAGGGCUCCACCUGCUUCUUUGUGGCCCUGUGGCCAAUAUGUCCGUAGAUGUUCCCCAAAUGGGAACUAGAAGAGUUCCUGCUGGGCAUGGCCAGUGGUGCCUGCCUGGUCUCCCACAUUCCUUUCUCUUUCUAACCUUCCAGACCUGAGACCUCUCUUUCCCCUCUCUCUCAGGCAUUCCGCCUUUACCCCACCCUCAAGCAAUCCAAACCUGCCCCCACCACAUCCCGAUUUGCUCCCCAGAGUCUUGCGGGGGAGGGGCUUCUCUGUCUUUCCCAAGUCACAUCAGCAUUUCCUACAGGGCCUAGAUAAAAGCAAGAGCACAGCAGCCUGUCUCCGGGGAACAGGGGCUGUUACCAUCUUCUCCAGAGCAGCUGUCAGUCCAGCUUAGAUGACUUCCCUGCCCAGUGCAGUUAAGGUACUUCUGCUAGCACAAUGGUAUCAGCACUAGAUCUGGAGUCAGACAGACAAAAUUUGGGACCCAUUUCUGCCACUUCUGUAAGCUUGAGCAUGUUGCCUGACCUCUCUGAGCCUCAUUUUUCUCAUCUGUGAAACAGGGAUAAUGCAGGGCUGCUGUGAGAUUUAAAGGACAUAUUGCACCCCGGGGUGAAGCACACCGCCUGGAAUACAGCAGAAGCUCAGCAGAUAUUGCUGAUUAUGCCUUACUGCAGGCACUAACCA